CUCCCUUUCUAUCAUUCUGGCAAACCGCGUCUCUCUCUCUCUCUCUCUCUCUUUAUAUCUCUGUCUAAUCAUCAUCUUCUUCUUCUAGGGUUUUACUCAUCAUGAGACCUCUCUUUUCUCAUCCAUGGCCAUUCUUCACUCUUUACUCCUCUCUUUCCUUUUCAUCCCAAUCGUUUCUUCUCUUUCCACCUUCGCCAUCUCAGAGACCGGUAACCGAACUGUUAUCUGCGCAUUGAUUAGCUACCCAAAUCAGCCAGCUUUUCUCAAUUGCACUGGCUUCCCUCCUAUUAACACUCAAUUCACCAACCGGAACGUUUCCUUUUCCGCACUCGUCGCCGGACAAGGGUUUGUUUGUGGCUUAAGGUCCAUUUCUACUUCUUCUAUUUUGGGUUGUUGGAGAUUCAACUUCACUACUGUCUCCGAUUACGGUACUGGUUCUGUAAUCCAGAUUAACGUGGAUUAUAAAAGGGUUUAUAAUGGUUCCUCCUCCAUUAGGGAACUACGAGCUGGAAAUACUCACGUUUGCGGUCUCUUUGACGGGACUAACGAACUUGAAUGCUGGCAAUGGCACCGAUUCAACUCUUCCGUGAUGUGGAAUUUAUCAAGCAUCGCUGUCGGAGACGAUUUCGUUUGCGGAUUGACGGAAUCCGGAGGGAAUGUCAAGUGUUCUGGUAGGACGAGUCAAGUCGUUGGUGGGGAACCGGUCGGUAAUUACAGCGUGAUUGCUGCCGGAAACCGUCACGCCUGUGCAAUAUCGUCGAUUAACGGUACGGUCAAGUGCUGGGGGAAUCUCACGGCGGCGAUUGACGAUUUCGGAGUGGUUAGAUCUUUGGCGUUGGGAGAUGAUCGAAGCUGCGGAUUGAUGAAGAAUGGAACGGUGAUAUGUUGGGGGGGAGAUGGAUUCAAAUUGCCGGAAAGCUUGAGAUCGGUUUAUUUUCUGACGAUCGAAGCGAAACGGAAAGUAUUUUGCGGCGUAAAGAUGGAUGAUUAUUCACUCUACUGUUGGGGAAAUGAAGAAUUCGAUUCCUUGUCUAACAAUCGCGUGCCGAUUAUGACAAAUUUAUUGCCUGGGCCUUGCGUCGCUGAUUGCCCCUUCAUGAAACCUCUUCCUAACUACGCUAGUCACUGUACCGAAACCCUAAUGAUUUGCGAUCCCUCAUCCGGCGACGAAUUCCAAUCACCGCCGAGCUCACCAGGACUCCAACCGCCGCCACCGAUCGCCGUUCCUCCACCAUCAUCGACUAAAUGGAACAAUAAAACGGUAGCGUUUCUCGUGGUAGGAAGCACCGGAUCUCUCUGUUUGUUGAUUUUAUCCAUCUUCUUCGUAUGGAAAUACUGCAAUAUAAGAGGCUGCCGAGUCCAUGAUUCCGGCCGAUUGGAACAACAACAAGGAGAUCAACCAACCGCCGCCGCCGCCGAAGCUAUGUCCGCCGCCGUUAACAUCAAUCAACAACAACAACCUAAUGAAGCGAAAUCCGGUCCUGUUCUUGUAAAGAAACUAAGCCAUUUAAUCAGCAUGAGAAACGGAGAUCUAGAAGAAUUCAGUCUCGACGAUCUUCUUCAAGCCACUAAUAAUUUCUCCAACGAACAUAAAAUCGGAAGCGGAAGCUUCGGUUCAGUCUACUUCGCCGAUCUACAGAUCCAAGGAGAGACUCGCCGGUUGGCGAUAAAACGGGCGGAAGCUUCCAAAUCGUCUUCAUACAACACAGGAAUGAAACGGCAAGAAGACAAAGACAGCGCAUUCUUAAACGAACUGGAAUUCCUUUCCCGGCUAAACCACCGGAAUCUUCUCCGGCUGUACGGAUACUGCGAAGACACCCAAGAGCGAAUUCUAAUAUACGACUACAUGAACAACGGCACUCUUUACCAUCACCUCCACAAAACGAACGACUCUCCGUUGAACACGUGGCCGGCGCGUAUAAAAGCCGCCUUAGACGCCGCCAGAGGGAUUGAAUACCUACACGUGUACGCUGUCCCACCAAUCAUACACAGAGAUAUCAAAUCCUCUAAUAUAUUACUCGACGACACGUGGACUGCCAAGCUGUCCGAUUUUGGUCUGUCAAUGCUCAGGCCUGCUGACGUGGAAACACCCCUUGCCACCCGGGCUGCUGGGACAUUCGGGUAUAUGGACCCGGAAUACUACAAGUUAGAGCAACUUACCACGAAAAGCGAUGUAUACAGUUUUGGAGUGGUAAUGCUCGAGAUUUUAUCGGGGAAAAAGGCUAUUCAUAAGAACGAGAACGGGGUACCGAGAAACGUUGUCGAUUAUAUGUUUCCUUACAUUGAGGCGGACGAUAUACAUCGAGUCCUGGAUCGAAAAGUUCCCGCGCCUACGCCUUUUGAGAUCGAGGCGGUUACAUAUGUUAGUUAUUUGGCGGCGGAUUGUGUGUCGCCCGAAGGUAGAGAUAGGCCGAGUAUGAGUGAGGUAGUGAGCGGUCUAGAGAGGGCAUUGGGUGCUUGCGGGGCUAAGGAAACAUUCUCACGGUCCACAACGGAGUCCUCGACCGGUUGAUGUCAUUGAGUUGGACACCAUUCAUUUUUACUUUGUAAAUAACAUUUCAUCAUUUUUCAUAAGUGUGGAUUAUAAUUAUAAUUAUAAUUACAUUUUAUUUAAC